AUGACACAUUGUCGACCCUUGUGUUUGCGAUCUGAACCUUUGGUACCUACAAGGAGGGUGUCUCACCGAACGGUAGCUAAAACCUCACCAGAACCGCACGGAAGUGAGGAGCCGCGGCCAAAGGCGCCUGCCGGAGCCUCCUCUCCGGGCCGGACCCCAGCCCAGGCGGCCGAACGGAACCCCCAGCCCGGAACGCAGCUACUGCAGCUGCCACUGAAAUUCGCUGUGGCCGCUGCCUCUUCCCGCUUUAAUCCCAGACCUCCAGUCAUUGGGCAGCUCCUCAGAGGCAAGAAGUCAACACCAUGGCAACCCGACAAGCCUAUCAAAUCACCGGCUGGCGUGACCGCAGCAACCCUGCAGGCAGGAGUGGGCCUGGCGGAAGAGCCAGAGUGGCCACUGUGCUCAGGUACACAGCCUGGGAGUGGACAGCAGCUGCCGGCCUCCACGUUGUGGGCUACAUUCUUGUGCACCAGCCAGAAAAGUCCAUACCUGUACCUUAUAUGCCUUUUUAGACUCCGGAGAAGGAAGAAGUGGAGAAGGGAGAUGAUUAUAGAUUUGGAAGAGUUGCAGAAGAAACUUGUAAAUGAGAAGGAAUCCAGGUCCUAGAAACUGUAGACUAAAGAUGCCUUGUGCGCCAGCCGCGGGUGAAACCAAGCCCCAGGAAUCUCAGAACCAAGUGUUAAGGGGUUUGCAUAAAGACGCGGAAUUUACUUGGCUGGUUCUAACAUUGGGUUAAAGAGUAUGGAUACAACAGUCUGUUCCAGAGUUCCCAAAGAAUGGAGGAAACUGUUGCAUUGCUAAGCCUGGCUUACAGGCUAAGCAAGGCAAAUUGAAUGCCUCAGAAAUUACCUAAACUUUGCCUAAAGCUGGCCUUACCUUGUUUGUCCAUAAGAUCUGUUAUUUCGUGUUCUAGGUCUUGUUCCCUAACGGGAAGAUGCA